AUGUUAAGUAAAUAUGAUAGAAAAUUCAUUGAGAUGUCAGCCAUAGGUUCGGGUGGUUUUGGGACUGUAUUUAAAGUAAGGCAAAGAUUGGAUCAUAAAAUAUAUGCCGUUAAAAGAGUACUAUUUGAAGACUUUAGUGAAGAAAAGAAAAUUCAAAUCCACCGAGAAGUGGAUAAUUUGGUAAAACUGGACUCAGAAUUUGUGGUCAAAUAUUACAACUCAUGGCUUGAGUCCAAUCAUCUCUACAUUCAAAUGCAGUUUUGUUCGCAAAGCCUUAAAUUCCUUCUCAAAGACAAACCCAUUGUCUUCGGGAGACAACAAGAAAACCCGAUGAAUAUUUUUGAAUACUUUAUUUCAUGUGAAAUAUUCAAAGAGAUCUUAGAAUGUGUCCAAUAUUUACAUGAAUCGGUUCCGCCAGUCAUUCAUCGGGAUCUCAAACCCGAUAAUAUAGUGAUUAAACACAACAUUAAGUCCAAUCGUUUUAUAAAAUUGUGUGACUUUGGUUUGGCUGUCGAUCACAACAUCACUUCUAGCACUUCGAGUCGAUGCGAGCACUCAAUUGUGGGCACAAGAAAAUAUAUGGCUCCCGAAGUAUACAGCGGUAUAUAUAGCCAAAAAGCAGACAUUUAUAGUCUCCAUGUUAUCGGUCAAGAGUUGUUUGGCAUUGAUGUUCAGGACUCACAAUCGUCUGAAACUAAUGAACAUUUUCUCAAAUUACCGCUGAAAUGCAUGUAUCGGACACUUGUGGCAAUGAUGUCAACACCCAUUAGUAGUGAUAGGCCUGAGUGUUGGGAAGUGUUGGCCAAACAUAAUGAGUGGUCAAUUGAUAAAAGUGUUAUCAUCGUUCGUUGCGGUUCAUAUCACACACUGGCCCUCACCGGUGAUGGCCGGGUUUUGAAACAACCUACAUUGACACCAUAUAAACGUGAAACCAAAAUCAAAACUAAUCAUAAAACUAAAAGUGCAAAUAAGGAUAACAUUAUUGAAGGCGAUUGUAUUAACCAUAAUUCAAGUAAUGAUUUUUAUAAUACAAAAUUCAUUGAGAUGUCAGCCAUAGGUUCGGGUAGUUUUGGGACUGUAUUUAAAGUGAAGCAUAGAUUGGAUAAUAAGAUAUAUGCCGUUAAAAGAGUACACUUUGGGGAUUUUAGUGAAGAAAAGAAAUCUAGAAUUUUGAAAGAAGUAAAAAGUUUGGCAAAAUUGGACUCAGAAUUUGUGGUCAAAUAUUACGACUCAUGGCUUGAGUCCAAUCAUCUCUAUAUUCAGAUGCAGUUCUGUCCGCAAAGUCUUCGGACUUUACUCGAAGGCAAAGCCACUGUAUUUGAGAGACAACCGGAAGACCAGAUGAAUAGUGUCUUUGAAUAUUUCAUUUCAUGUGAAAUAUUCAAAGAAAUCUUAGAAUGUGUUCAAUAUUUACACGAAUCGGAUCCGCCUGUCAUUCAUCGGGAUCUCAAACCCGAUAACAUUUUAAUUAAUCCCAACAUUAGAUCCAAUCGUUUUAUAAAACUGUGUGACUUUGGAUUAGCCACCGAUCACAACAUUGAUAGACACACUUCCAGUCGAUACGACCACUCAGUUGUGGGCACUAUUAAAUAUAUGUCACCCGAAGUACAUUUGGGUAAACAAUAUAAUCAUAAAUCAGACAUUUAUAGUCUGUAUGUAAUCGGCGAAGAGUUAUUUGGUAUCGAUCUUCAGGCCUCGGAAACACUCGAUGCCAAUGAAUCGGUAUUCAAAUCAUCGAUACAACGUCUAUACCAGACAUUACUGGCAAUGAUGUCAACACCCUUUUGGAGACAAAGACCUGAGUGUCGGGAAGUGUUGGUCAAACAUAACGAGUGGUCUAUCGAUAAGACUGUUGUCACGAAUCAUAAGGAUUUUAAUUCGCCUGAAAUAUCAGUAAAACCUAAGAUAUCAUUAAAACCGGGCGACAGCUCUCACAACACUUGUUAA